ACGAUGUAAGAAACGAUAACAAAAUUGCGUUCUGAGCAAGGAUUUGAUCAUUUUGAGUCAAGAUCCGAUUCAUCAAAUUGAUUUUCUCACUCAAUAAACGGUUGCUAUUUUCAUUGUUAUCAACAACUUGUAAACAAUAUGAGUCAUCACCCACGGCUAGAUCUGAAGCUGGAGUUUGAGCUGAUUUGACCAUAUCUUCAGUUAAUGAGCUCGUUUCUCCUCUAAUUUCAUUUAACAACAAUAAUUCGACCAUUUCGUUUUUCUUAAAUGAAUUAGGCACACGUAUAUUCAAAGCUUUCAAUUUAUUUGUUAAUGUGGGCUUCAAUUCCUUUUCUAAUUCACUUCGACGAGAUUGAAUGUCCAUUCUGUGAGUUGUUCUAAUUAUUAUGAAAGAUCAAUUAUAAAAUCUAGAACAACGAGAUCGGUAGCAAAGCACUCCCCAACCUCUCUCUUAUAUAAUAAUAAUUUUAGACUUUCUCGAUAUCUACUUUCCUGUUUUUCGACAACUUCCAAAACAAAGUCAAAUACUUUCUUUUCUAUAAGGAUAAAUUGAUAGAUGUAGAAUGAUUUUCUUUUGCUUUUUUAUAGGACAAUAAGAAUAAGGUCGUUUAUCCAUUUUCUACUGACAGCUCUUUAAAUUAAUUUUUAGACAACGUCAAGUUCAAUAGCAGAAUUGCAAUCAACACAGCAAUUCGAUUCGAAAACUAUCAUCAAUCAUCAACAUUUGGUAAAAUAAAGUCAGUUUUUUGAGGAUAGUUUAUCGUGAGAUGAAUAAGAAUAUAAAAAGGUAUUUAAAACAAGUGUGAAAAUGUAUAUCCUCUUUGAUUUUGUAUAAAAGCACGGUUUGACAGAUAUGUAGUUAGGAUGUUGGCCUAGAUUGCUUGAGGUUAGGAACACUUAGAAAGAAAAAGUCAGUAGAAGUAUUUCAGGAGCGAUUAGUUGUUGGGUAAGUAGUUGCCAAGAAAGUACUGCACAUAGCCUUUUUGUUGAUAUGCAGCUUUCUUCAUAUGCUUAGUAAGAAAUUGAUUCACUAAUCGGUAUUUUCUUGUUUUUGUCGUUUGUGUUUUAAUAGGACUUCAUUUGAAAAUGUUGUCAUCACAAUAGGAGGACACUCUUGUCAUACAUUGUUUAGUGGAUAAAGCUGAAAAGCUGGGUCGUUUUCUUGGAUGGAAAGAGUGUUAUAGUCUUCUCAGUCAUUGUGAUUAUGAACUGGUAGAAGAACGUCUUCAUUCAAUUCAUGAAUUGUUGCUAUCAGCAACAACAAUUAAAAAAAAUGAACAGUCUAAUGAAGGAAUUUUUGAUGGACCACGCGUUGGUAUAUUUAAUUCAAAAACGGGAAUGGUGUCGACGUCUGCAUAUAAUGAUGAUGAUGAUGAAUCUGAAAAUGAAGCAAUUUCAAUAAGUGAACUAGGAAUGGACAUGGAAGCUGAUAAAGAAAAUGCUAAUACAACACCAGAACAAAAUCAUGAUGUUACAUUGGAUAAUUCAUCAUCAUUAAAUGAAAUCGUUUUACUACUGUCAUCAGACUCAGCUGCAGCACCGCUACCACCAAUUGCAACAAUACUAACAAAUAAUAUUGGAUUGACAUUUUCACCUAUUAGUCCAGCAUCAUGUAUGUCGCCACCUCUUCAAUUACCAGCAUCAGUCUCUACAUGGAUGAAUCAAUCGUCAUCUCCAGAGAUUGCAUUAAGCACGCCACAGCUGAUAUUUGUUCCAAAAACUGACAAUGACCCAUCAAAUGUAAUUCCUUCAUUAGCACCUAUGCAUGUAUCAACAGCAGCCUCAUCAAGCAUCAAUUCGCCAAACAGUACGACACAACAACAAACAGAAGAACAAAUGGAUGAAACUGUUAGUAUCAAAACAGUCACAACGUCUGCAGUUAGUCCAACAAAUGUCAACGAUGGUAUUGAUGCUAUAUCAAAUACAGUUAAAACAAAACGUAAAUGA